UGCUUGUACUUGCUGGCGUGAAUUAUAUAUUGUGUAUAUGGAACAUCCAAUGCGUUAAUGGCAUAGUUAAUAUUGGGGACAAUGCCACGUUUCAGAUAACAAAAGCCGGUUUUCGACAGACAACUUUGAAUAUCUGACUAGUUCAAUAAUGUUGACAACAUUCGUUAUCUGCCUGGCUUGGGUAAUAACGGCCGAUGGAUUUCUCCUUAACAACAACGACGAAUAUCAAGUCUGGCUGACAACUGGAGACGGCUCCAAGAAACUCCAUAGAGAAGCGGCAAUAUCAAGGUCAAACAGCGGUCAUGGUUUUAGCGUCUGGGUUGACCGCAGAAAGCGCCGACAGUCCAUGGAAGGAUUUGGUGGAUCUCUGACCAAUGCGGCGGCAUCUGUCAUAUAUCAUAGUCCAAACAGGGCUCAAAUCAUGCGUGACCUGUUUGGAAACGGACUUGAUGAUCUCGGUAUAAGUUUUCUCCGCGUUGUUAUGGGCGGGUCCGACUUUCAAGCGGUAUAUCCCUACACUUUCGACGACCUUAGUAGCAAUCAAGACACUGACUUCAAUAUGGACCAUUUUAGCAUCGAACCUGAUCGAUCCUUCUUUAUUCCCAUUAUUAAAGACGCCCUUACUAUCAAUCCCAACUUGACAAUACUGGCCACCCCCUGGACCGCCCCAGCGUGGAUGAAAACUUCUCAUAAGAUGUUUGGUGGAGACCUGAACAGCGGGGACAGCUAUCUCAGCGCAUAUGCCAAGUAUUUUGUCAAGUUUCUAAAGGCAUAUCAGACAGAAGGAAUUCCAAUUCAAUACCUUUGUCUACAGAAUGAACCCCUAUUGUCUAGAGAUGAUUAUCCCACGAUGACCGUAAACGUUGAUGUGAUGAAGAGACUUAUCCGCGACCACGUGGGACCUGCCCUCAGACAGAACAACAUUCAGACCAAACUGUUGAUAUUUGAUCAUAACUGGGAUGCUUCCUGGUAUCCAGAACAGAUCCUAGCUGAUAGUAAUGCUAAACAAUACGUGUCCGGCGUUGCUUGGCAUGGAUAUGGUGGUCGUCACGAUACACCCGAUGGCUUCCACAACACUCACCAGGAUGUUGGCAUGUAUUUCACGGAGAUAUCCGGCGGUGACUGGGACACAAACUUUGCUAGUACUCUCACGUGGGACACGAGAAUCAUUUUCAUUGGUCAGACGAAGGCUUGGGCCAAGAGCGUCGCCCUCUGGAACAUAGCACUAGACGAGCAUCACGGGCCUAGGGUGGGAGUGAGCGGCUGCACUAAUUGUCGCGGCGUCAUCACAGUGCCGUCUGGCGGCGGCUAUACGAAGAACGUGGAGUACUAUGCAAUGGGUCACAUGAGCAGAUUCGUCAAACCGGGAGCCGUUCGACUGGAGACCAACAGCUUUGGUUGGGAUGACUUGCAGGCGGUUUCAUUCGUGAAUCCUGACGGCUCAACAGUGAUUGUGGUACAAAACCCCAACACAAGCAAGUCCGCCAGCUUUUCUCUUGACAUCGAUGCAGGUCACUACCAGUACAACAACCUCCCUCCGCAGUCUGUCGUCACUUUUGUGAAAUAAUGCGAACACAUCAGACUUGAGUGUGCAAACUGCGUUCAAUAUUUUGACAAGUGUGUUUAUUAACGUAUUUCGAAAACAGUUUUAUUAAAUAAACUAUAAUUCUAA